UGUGCGUCUUUCAGGCGACGCUGCCAGCGUGACGUAUUAUCUAGUUGAUGGUUCUUUAGAAACAGCUCGUCAACCACCUCGGUAGCUUGUUAGCCAACAUAGCCGAAAGAUUCAAGCUAUUUAUACGCUUUCGGUGUAUAUUAGCUACUGUGUUUUAGACACACUUCUGUCUUAUCUUCUUGUUAACCUAUUUAAUAUAAUAUUACGUUAUUUUUUAUUAGUCAGCUAUAGUAGCUGGCUGGUUAAGUUAGCACUAGUCUAGUCGCUAAUGAUAUCUAGCUAGCUAACAUCCCAGAACAUGAGCUCCCUAAGUUACUCCCCUCCUGUUAAAGAAGAGGAGGUAUGCUGGACGGAGAAAGAAGCUGUGGGGCUGAACAUUGUCGUGAAAGAGGAGAAGGAAGAGGAGGAUGUCACAGUAAAACAAGAAAUAGAGGGUGAGGCUGUUACAGUGAAAGAAGAAGAGAAAUACGUUUUUGGAAUGAAGGAUGAAGAAGGGGAGAUCACUGUCACAUUAGAGGAGGACGAAGAAGAGAAGACUGGAGAACUGAUUAACACCAGUAAAUACAGAGAGAGACGUGACUAUCGUGGAUCCUCUGGGGAUCCUCAACAACAUCAUGAUGAUGCUGAUGAGGCAGAAAAGAGUCUCUCCAGAUCAGAACUCCUCAAGAAACACCAGCGAGUACACACAGGAGAGAAAUAUAUCUGCUGCUCUGACUGUGGGAAAAGAUUCAGCUCUUCAGUCGACCUUAAAAUACAUCAAAGAAUUCACACUGGAGAGAAACCUUAUGGCUGUGAUCAGUGUGGGAAGAGUUUUACUACAUCUACCCAUCUGACUUUGCAUCAGAGAACACACACAGGAGAGAAGUCAUAUAGCUGUAAUCAAUGUGGGAAGAGAUUUUCUAAAUCAAGCCAUGUAACUAUACACCAUAGAACACACACAGGAGAGAAACCCUAUGGCUGUGAUCAGUGUGGGAAGAGUUUUUGUACAUAUAGCAAGCUGACUUUACACCAGAGAACACACACAGGAGAGAAAUCCUAUAGCUGUAAUCAAUGUGGGAAGAGUUUUUCUACAUCUAGCUAUCUAACUAUACACCAUAGGACACACACAGGAGAGAAAUCCUAUGGCUGUGCUCAAUGUGGGAAGAGUUUUUAUACAUCUAGCAAGCUGACUUCACACCAAAGAACACACACAGGAGAGAAACCAUAUAGCUGUAGUCAAUGUGGGAAGAGUUUUUCUACAUCUAGCCAGCUGACUGUACACCAGAGAACACACACAGGGGAGAAAUCUCAAAGCUGUGAUCAAUGUGGGAAGAGAUACACUGAUAAAAGAUAUCUGAUUAAACAUCAGAAAAUACAUGGGGUUGUUUCAUGAUAUCAAUGAAUUAAUGUCACACUGAUAAAAGAUAUCUGAUUAAACAUCAGAAAAUACAUGGGGUUGUUUCAUGAUAUCAAUGAAUUAAUGUCACAAUGUAAAAUGUUUUUACAUUGUAGGAGUAUUUGAUUGAAUAUCAGAAUGUAGAACCCUAAAUGUUUACCUCUUGUUCAAUUGAUCUUAGCCUCAGUGGAAAGAUCCAGGCUCUGAAUUGAAAGAGUUACUAUUUAUGUGAUUUAUCAAACAUUUACUAACAAAAAAAAGAGUUGUGUUCCACUUACCAAGUGGUUACACACUUCAAUCAAAAUAUAACACUUCAAAAUGUGUUUUCUACAAAUUGUCCUCUAACCAGGGAUGUACACAUUAUUCCCAGAUUCCAUGUGGUUUUUGAACUGUUAGUUUUAACAGAACGUGCAACCUCAUCUCCCCGCUCUCGCACAAUUGAUUUCAACAUGAUAUUGAUGAGUGAUGACAAAUAAGUGUUGCGUUCCUUUGUUUGGCGACCCCUAAAUUUAAAUGCAUCACUGUUGCUCUGCUUUUAGAAUAUCAGGGUUCAUUCUUAGAUGUGCCAACCCAAAUCUACUAGAGCAUGACAUUGGGGACUGGGCCCCGAUCCAACAACAUGCCUAUUAGUGAACCCUGAAAAGAGAGAUAAGCUCUGCAGUGAGUUGGAAAGUUACUAUAGAUAUUGCAGGAGUUUCCUCUUGAAAUCAGACAGGUCUGUGGUAAGGACAACUUGGUUGCUGGUUGUCUCAAGGGUGGACAGUAAAACAUGUGUUUUGCAUUUAGCCAGUGUGUUACCAUGGAUCACAAUUUAUUUUGACAUGUUUUUCCUUAUUGGAGAUGAGAUUUUAUCUAUUUUUUUCUGUAUUUAAAAAAAAACUGCACUGUUGGUUCGGGGCUCGUAAGUAAGCAUUUCACUGUAAAGGUCUACACAUGUAUUCAGCUAAUACGUGAAUAAUACGAUUUGAUUUGAGUUUUGGGACGAGAGUUCUAGAAGCUAGUGAGUUUUAGGAUUCUAUUGAAAGAAAAGGAGAAAAAAAUGCGAUUGUAUAUUAUUAUUUAGAAGUAGGUGCUUUUUCUUGUUUUUAGUUGUUGACAGCCAGUAGACACCAUGUUUAUAUUGUAGAAGGUGAAGUGUUGUAGUUGAUUAUAAUGUGAAAUGGAAGUUGUUUUUUAGUCAGUUGUUCAGCUGAAAUGUGUCUUCGGCACACAGAUUGGUGUCACCCCGUUAGUCAGUAUGUGUUACACCUGUGCUGGCUUGUCCAUCUCGUUAGUGGAAAGGUGUUUCACCUGAGCUGGUCCAGGUUCUAUUUAAGAGUGUCUGGCCCAGUGUUCCAGUUGUCUUGAUAGAUGUGGAGAGUCAAUACUUUUGGUUUUCUUCCUGUCUAAGUUAGGUUUGGGUUUUUCUUUUGUUUGCCUCUUCUUGGGCAGAUUUAGUGGGUCUCAUGGUGGGUGUCUUUUAGGUCCCAGUUGUUGUUACUAGUCAACUUUCAGUGGAAUCCCCCAUAGUGUCUUUCAGAGCCCUUCCUAAAAAACAAGCUUAUAUUUUGGGGUUGGAUAUAGUGUCCAAUUUAUAUUUUAAUCAAUGGCAUUUCCUAAGAAUGCUCAUUAGUCUUUCAGUUAUUAUUGUUUGUGGACUAAAUAUUUUUUAUUUUCAUUGUUUUUUCCUGUGAAUCCGUUGUGUUGUAUAAAUAAAGCUUGAUUUGAA